AUGGAGGCUAAACUGGAUGAUGGAGUUAACCAAGGUGCUGGAAUUCAAGAGGAUGGUAGCAGGGGAACACAGAUUGAAACAAACGAGACACUGAUUGGAGACGGUAAAAAUGAUACUUGUGAUGAAUGGGUGGAGGGAGAAGCCAUUGAAUAUCGAGACGUGCUAAUGCUAACGGAAGCCGAUAUGAUGAGGAAGGUGUUCUGCACGGACGAAGCCGCGUAUGAGUUUUACAAGAGAUACGGCAAAUGCCAUGGGUUUGGUAUUCGUAAGGGUGACUCGGGAAAGGAUGAUAAUGGAAGGGUGAUUAGGAGGAGGUUCUUUUGUAACAAAGCAGGGCUGAGGCAGCGCAAACAUUACGAAAGGCUUGACAGGAAGAGGGACCACAGAUCGGAGACGCACACAAACUGUGACGCAAAGCUAUCAAUCUUAUGGGAUGAUAUUAGCGAAAUUUGGAGGGUUAGAAAGGUUAUACUAGAUCACAACCAUGAUUUAACUCCUCAUAGGAUGGUUCAUAUGAUCAACAGCUUUAGAGACAUCGAUUGUUCAGCUAAGGUACAGAUUAAUGGCAUGCAGGGACACGGUGUCCCGACGUCGAAGAUCCUAAGUUAUAUGGCAGGGCAAGCUGGGGGGUAUUCUCUGAUGGGUUUCACAAAAAAUGAUGCCGAUAACUACAUCGAGCAGACCAAGUGGGAGAAGAUUGUUGAUGGAGACGCUAAUGCCGCAAUAAUUUAUUUAGAGGGAAAAGCAGUGUCGGAUCCGAUGUGCAUGGCUAGGUACAAUUUGACGAACAACAAUAUGUUAGCAAACUUGUUUUGGGCUGAUGGUGGGAACCGGGUUGAUUACCAACACUUUGGUGAUGUGCUUUCCUUCGAUUCGACUUACAAGAAUAACAAGUAUAGGAGACCUUUGGUUAUCUUUUCUGGUUCAAACAAUCAUAAGAAAACAACCAUAUUUGGGUUUGGUUUGGUGUUGGAUGAAAGCAUUGGGUCAUACAUGUGGUUGCUUGAAAAUUUGUUGGAGGUAAUGUGCAACAAAAAGCCGUCGGUGAUUGUGACAGACGGGUGUGACUCAAUGAGGGCAGCAAUCAGGGCGGUGUUUCCAGAGGCCACACAUAGGCUGUGUGCUUGGCAUGUGGAGAAGAACGUGACUUCAAAUGUGAAGGAUGAAGGCUUAAGACAACUUUUCACUAGGUGGCUGUACUCAAAUAUGGAGAUAGAAGAGUUUGAGGCAGAGUGGGCCGCAGUUGUUGUCGAAUACCGACUUCAUGAUAGUUUUUGGGCAAAGGAAACCUAUGAUAAGCGGAAAAUGUGGGCAAAUGCGUACUUAAAAGACAAAUUCUAUACCGGGUUCCGCACUACUUCUUGA